AUGACAUCAUUGACGAGUGCAGAGGUCAAUGAACUUUCACUGACGGAGCUCCGAAAUGAGUGUAGUAGAGCCAGGCUCGCGGUCACGGGCAACUCCAAUACUCUUCGCAAACGGCUGCGAGAACUGCUCGCAGUACAAGCAUUCAUAUCAUUUCGACCUAAAAACAAGCGACAAAAGAAAGAUCCUGCUGCUGACCUCAUCUGCCCUAUCACAAGAGAGUUGCCUUGGGUCCCUAUCAUAGCACAAGAUGGCCGAAUAUAUGAAGCAGCGGCCAUCAAAACAUAUUUUGCAACCCAGCGGCAGAAUGGUGCCCCAAUCAAGUCCCCAUACACUAAUGCACCUAUGGCUGAUACCCUCCUUCCAGUUCCACAUAUAAAAGGCUUAAUUGAGACUUUGGUUGAGAACGAAGCCAUUCAAGGUGAUGCACUGGAUGCUUGGAACAAGAAAGUCAAGCAAAUGCAGAAAAAGGACAAUUUGCUACAGAAAGCCAAUGAUGGUGACAGUGAGUCCAUGUACACAGCAGCACGUCGCUAUGAUGAUGGACUUGAUGGGUUUGAAAAAGACCAAAGCUUGGCCUACCAAUGGUACAAAAAGUCACAUGAAGCUGGCAAUGUAAAAGGAACAGCUAUGCUUGGGCAAUGUCGUGUGCAUGGAUGGGGUGUUGAGCAAUCUUUCCCAAUUGGGAUUCACUAUCUCACUCGGGCUGCAGAGAAUGGGUCCGAUUAUGCUGCAUAUGUGCUGGGAAAAGCCUUUGCAAAAGGACGGUAUGGUAUGACUGUGAAUAACAAAGAAGCCAUCUUCUGGCUUCAGAAGAGCUUGGGAGACUGUGCCCACCAACAUGCAGCAGAAAGUGUAAAAGCAAAAGCCCAACAGUUUUUGGGUGAAUUGCAGAGCCAAAAUAUUGCAGACAACAAUUACCUGGAGUGGUCCACAUAA